GGGAGGGCGAGACAGCAAGAGAGGAGGAGUGUGAAAACUGCGGAGUUCUCGCGGAUUCCGAGAACACACAGUUCACACUCAGACCAGAUUGUCGGUGCCGGAGCCCGGACUGCCCGAUGAGUUUUUGGACUCUACUACUUCCAUUCGGAGUGGCUCAGAGCACACGUCCACGCGCAGGAAACACUCGCGUUUCCAAAAGCCAAGCGGUCUUUCAGGGCUCGGAGAGCGGAAUCAGGUUCCCGUGUGGCCACAUCUGAGAUCGGGAAUGCAGAACUUCCAAAUAUAGAGCGACACUGAAUGCUUCGUCAGGGCAGAGAAACCUCAUUCCUCUGACAGUGCUCACAGUGUCAUUCUAAACCAGUGUGGAUUGAGUCAAAAUGUCACUGAUUGCAAAGUGAUGCCAGCUGGGUUGCCCUGCAAAGACUUUACAAAUACCUGAUGGUCUUGUAUGUAAAACUCUUUGACUGGAAAAGGAGGACAAUCCAAACCCCUACUGCUUUCAGCGUUCAUGGCACAGAUCUUACGAAGACAUUUUCAGUAGUUGUAGAAAAACACAUCAGGGCAUCCUACUGUAGAACAUGACUCAUGGGGUGGAGUCUGGCCCUGAAACUAAACAGGAUUCCACUGCUUUAACAUAUCUGGAGGGUUUGCUAAUGCAUCCGGUCACAACUGGGCCAACUGCCACUGCUACACUGAGAUCAGAGCCAGACCACAACAACGAGGAAAAUGCCAACAAGGUGACUAGGGCAUUUCCGCUACCCAACCAUGGCUCCCCCUCACCAGACAAGGGCAGCCCACCUAGUGCAACCUCACAGCACCUUAAAAAGGCCAGACUGCUUCGCUCAGGGGCGUGGAGUGUAGACGACAGCAAGAAACGGGCUGGAGAUGUGGUGGAAGUGAAUGGACGAGACCUGGAUGGCCCGGUGCAGGGGGAAAGCACAUUGCUGGCCUCUCUGCUGCAGUCCUUCAGCUCCCAGCUUCAGAGUGUCGCCUUGUCACAGCACAUUUCUCAAAGCCACAAACAGUUCAAUAGGGAGAGCAGUGAAAGCUCUCCUGUUGAUAAAGAAACCCAGCAGAGUUACGGCACAGCAUCAGGCCACCUCAAAAGCCUCAUGAGGAAAAGCAAGCAGCAAAACCAUAACACUGUGCCUUAUUGUCAUCGGAGUAACCAGAACCGAAGUUCUGAGUCCCCUCGCUCCAUUCAAAGCUCUGACCAGCCCACUGCUUCAGAAACCAUGUCCUGCACAGAGCGGCUAAAGGCUGUGGCCAACAUAGUGCAGGCAAGGUCCAGUCCGGCCCCUUCCCCAAAGCCCAGUGUAGCCUGCAGUCAGCUGGCUUUACUGCUGUCCAGUGAGGUUCAUCUACAGCAGUACUCCAGAGAGCAGGCCUUAAAAGCACAAUUAGCCAGUCGAUCAGCAAGCGAGAGGUUAGCUGCCAUGGCCACACAGCAAAUGCAGGAUAAGAGGCCUCCCAGCAUGGGGCUGCCAUCAACUUCCCCAAACAUGCUAAGCUCCCUAAAUGUUCAAAAUGGAACACUCCCCCCACCAGCAUUAAACUCCAGCAAGAGAAGCCCUUCCAUUCCUUUGUCCUCCCCAAGAGCCCCCAAAGAGAGACGGCCCUUCGACAGACACAGUCGACCUUCACAAAACUGCAGCAGCCUUCUGCUCCUGCUCCUCAACAACCACAAUGCCCAGCAGCAGCUCACCAAGAACGGACACUUGGAGGAUGAUCACAGCAUCCUCCCAAGCCAGGCCUCCUCCCUGCAGUCUGACAGCGACUACUCCAACCAGGAGAACAGUCUAACCAAAGACAGCAGUGAUGCUGAGAGCUUUUCCAGCUGUUCCCCCAUUGACCUGUCCGUGAGAGGCAGAUUGACUAGCCAAAAAUCUGAGGCCUGCUCUUCCUUAACCUCCUCUUUAGACAAGCUCACAGAGUCUCUCAUAAACAAAUGGAAGCCGGAACCUUCUGUGGCAAAGGCUCGUGAGGCCAUGGAUCUGGAUGCCAGCCCAGACAUGAAAUCCCAUGAUAAGGUCACCCUAAUGCAGUUACUGCUAGAGCGCAGAAAUAACGAGAAGGUAAACAAAAGUCCAGAUAAUCCUGGUUUGCGGCCUGAGGCAGUCAUCAGUAGCUUGACUGCAGGUCCGCUUAAACGGAUUGGUACACCAGAGUACAGCAGGACCCGGAGUCCUCUGGACUGGCAGACAGGUGGAUGUUUAUCUACAUUCAGCUCAGUCUCUCCUUCCUACUCCUACCCAUCUCCCCGUGCCCAGUCCAGCCCCCUUGAUCUGUGCAAGUCUAAAACUCAUUCUAGUGAGAAGAUGGCAGAGCCUCCGUUCAGUGCCAGCAAACUACUACAGAAUCUGGCACAGAGUGGUGUAAAGAACUUGUCCCCUUCUCCUCCAUUACACACUUACAAGUCAACCAGCAGAAGGCAAAGCCCAGAACUUGAGCUUGACAAGCCACAGGCUCUUCAGAAUCAGUUUGUCUCUCCAAUCAAACAGAACAGAACCUCCAUUCUGGAUAGACCCCCUGCUACUCUCACACCUCACAAGCUUGAGCAGUCACCCUUGGCAUCAACGCAAUUAGAAAACCUUCUAGAGAAGCGCACUGUACUGCAGCUUCUGCUGGGAACUGCUUCCCACAAGGAAAGAUCCAGUGUGCACAGGGUCUCGGAAGUAACACCAAGGGGGCUGGAGAAACCUCAGUGGACCUCCGCCACCUGUGACAGCUCAAAUGGGCCUUUACUGGACGUCAAGAUAAAAACGGAGCCAGCAGAGGUGAAUCUUUCAUCAGACAGCUCUGAUGAUGGCAUGUCUCAUCAAAGACAAUCAGAGCAACCCACUCCCAUUUCGGAAACACAGGACAAGAUCAAAUCUGAGCUAUGUCCUAAAGAAACAGCUGCUAAAUUUGAAUUUCUUAGCCAGCUUUUGAAAGAGCAGAAUGCUACCUACCUUUCAAAGCCACACAACAAGCUCCUCGUGAACUCUGUAAAAGAGGAGUCAUUGGAUUUUCACAGCCCUAGUCCUAAAAAAAGAAAACUGUGCAUUGAGCUGGCCGACCACCUGAAUAAUAAGCUCUGUCAAAUAUCAGGAGAUACAACUAGUGACAAUCUGGUGUCUGGAACUUCUGAAUACAAGAACAGACAGCUGAUAAGACCAAGGGAAGAAGAUUUAGCCUGGAGUCCAAGGAGCGAAGCUCCUCUGUCCAGAGAAAGCCAAGGCUUCAAUGUUCUCAAGCAACUCCUUCUCUCAGAAAACUGCCUGAAGGAGUUAUCCCAACCCAGAGGGACCCCGAAUCCCUUCCUCCCUGCAGCCAAUGGAAACUUAACUCAGUCUGGUUUUUCUCAUGAGUUAUCGAACUUGCCAUGGUACCCCUAUUCUCUCAGUACAGGGCCUGGUGUUCCCAAAUCAGUGUCCACUGCAGCAUCUCGUGAUAGCAAUGGGGGGUCUCUACUUUGGGCUAAGGGCUCUCCCAAAGCCUGUCCUAAACCUGUUAAAAAAGAACCUGAGGGGUCACCUGGAGAAACUUUUAGCAGGGAGGAGAGAUCCAGUCCAGACUCGCCCCCUUUUACCAGAUCUAACCCGAUUCUGUACUACAUGCUCCAGCGGGGAAAUGGCCAGCUAAGAAAUGAGAUACGGGAUCAGGUACAGCCAGCCCACUGUGCAGUGAGUGUAAAAGUGGAACCUUGUUGUGAUAACACUGACUAUUACCACAGGAUAAACUCUGUGGCUCAAAGACAGACUCACAGCCCGAGAGAGGAGAGUCUGAAUGGCUCAGUGGAGAAAUGGUAGAUCUUUGCUACCAAAGACAGCAAGAUGCACAGUCAUGCUUUUCUGUCCAUUUUUAUUCUUAAAAUUAUGAAACCAAGACUGUUUGGCUAUUUUCCGCUGUUUAAAAUUAUUUUGUUUGUAUGUUUAAUUCAUUUGUGUUUUUUGAUGUCCAAAUGAGAUGGUCACAUGGCCCUCCAUGAUUUAAUUAUUUUGCAUACACAUCUUUUGUUGAGCCUCUGCUAUGAAUGCAGUUGUACUGUGUAUGCUGAGCUAACUGUCCAACACAACAUAAAAAUUUACACCAUGAAAAACCCUCCCUCCUCCUGUACCUGAAAUAUUUAUGUUGAACAUUCAAUUACGUUUAUUAUUGAGGAAUCUAAAAAUGUUACUGUUAAUUUCACUCUAUAUUUAUCUACAGCCAAAUCAGGGCCCUUCCUGUUUUUUUUAUGCAAAUAAUAUUGUACAGUCUAAGCACAAUACCGUUAUGGAUUUGUGGCAUUGAAAGUCCAAUUAUAACAGGGGAAUAAAUUGUAAUUGUAAUAUUCUUACAGCAGAAUUUAAAGGAAUGGCAGUGUAACUUAUCAGGUAUCUUUUAUGUCAAGCUUUGUUGUGGUCAAGAGAUUUUUUCACAUGUUCAGGAAUGAGUGCUCAAAAGGCUUGUUGCCUUUUUACAGGAAUGUUCUAUAAUUGUAGCUUAGUCAGAUCUACAUUGCUUUAAUUUCAUCUGGAAUGAAACCGUAUAUGUUAUGUGGUGAUAGUGGCAUGAUGUUUAACAAAAAAUAAACCCAAACAAACCAGAGUGUCAUAUUUUUAGCCAAUGAAAUGUUUAUUACAGGUUUGUAUAAUUUGUUUUGUACUUUAUCUAAAUAUUCUGCAUGUAGCAUUUCACAGUCUUAUGAUCUCUAAAUGAAUUAUGUUGAAUUUUGAAAAGAGGUUAUACAGUUUGUCCACCAAAGCCACAAAAGUUAAUUAUUUUGAAUUCUAAUAUUUAUGAAAUACAAAGAUGUCUCUACAGGGAAAACAGAUCCCUGUUUAGGACGCUGUGUGAAUCGUAUGUUCUACUGUGAGAAGGGAUUGCAAUCCAGUUUAAUUGAAGUAUAUCUUUUUCUUUUUUUUUAAUGUGUUUUUUUUAUUCUGAUAAAGGCCCAUCACUCACUAAGUCUUAAAUGAUCCUAGAAAAUGUCAGAAUUUAUUCCACAUUCUCUUAAUACGAUGCAUAUGUUUUGACAAUGGUUAGAUAUAUUUAUGUAAAUAUUGCUUUCAUGAUGAAAGAUGACUAUUUUGUAUUGUUCAAAACAAAAACAAAAAUAGUUUUUAAAGUCUUGUAUUGUACAUAUAAAAACUGUAAUAAUGUACAUAGGGUACUGGAGUAAACACUUUUCUGCAUGUUGUGGGCUAACGAUAAUCUUUGUUCACAUCUACUGCUCUGUCUGAGGUUCUGCUCUGCUGCCCGUAGCAUGCACACGCAUGGGGAGUGCCUGUGUAUGGGGAAAUGUCAAGUCUUAAAAUAGAUGUUUUAUCAUGGAGAGAUGGGGACUUAAACUAUAAUCUGUGCAAAUGCAGUCCUAGACUUGUGAGCCAAUGCUCAAAACUGUGAGGACAAAUGUGCAUUUUGUUAAUGGUUUUAUGUUUCUGUUAUCGGUUAAAAAAGAAGCUAAAUAAUAAUAAUAAAAAAAAACAUUAAGUUUAAUUUAGUCACUCUGUAAUAUACUCCGGUAAUGAUCGGAGCCUUUUGGUUUUCUUGUGUUCUGUCUUUGUUGUUUAUUUGCACUGAUAGCAUAAUAAAAUAUUGAAAAACACAAAAAUAAA